CACACAGAGCUUUAUCAUAACGGUAUCUCGUGUAAUAAGGUUGCCUCGAGGAAUACCCCCAAGAAGACUUGCGGAGUCGGAAACGCUUAGACACUGGACAACGGCAGUUUUCUUCCAGGAACACAUCAUGAAGGUCCACCUCGUCGCGAUUGUAGCAUCGCUAUUAUUUUAUGACUGCUCAUGUAAGAGCAUAAAAGAUGACGAAGUUACCCAUCUACCCGGAUUGGAGGAGCAACCACCAUUCAGACAUUAUUCCGGAUAUCUGAAGGCAGGAUCCACACGCAAGCUACAUUAUUGGUUUGUUGAAAGUCAACGCAAUCCAGAAGCCGAUCCUGUCGUGCUAUGGCUGAACGGAGGACCAGGGUGCAGUUCCUUGGGCGGUAUGCUCACUGAACUGGGACCAUUCCGAAUCGACAAAAUGCGGCCUCUGCUGCACCUUAACCCCUUCAGCUGGAAUAAGGUGGCCAACGUGCUGUUCGUGGAGUCGCCGGCUGGAGUCGGAUUCUCGUACGACCCAUCAAAGCCGAUUGACUAUGGCUACCAAACAAGCGAUGAUCAGACAGCAGAUGACAAUUACCUGUCCAUCCUGGACUUCUUCCGCAAGUUCCCGAACUUCCUGGAAAACGAAUUGUACGUCACGGGUCAAAGCUACGCCGGCGUCUACGUACCAAUGCUUGUGCAACGCAUACUUGAUGGUGAUAAUGACAUCAAGUUAAAGGGAUACGCCAUUGGAAAUGGAUACCUUGACGCGGGCAAGCUCGCGCUUUCUGAACUCUACUUUGGCUACUAUCAUGGACUUUGGAGUUCACGUCUGUGGAGGAGCAUGAUACAGCACUGUUGCAAGGAAGACGCCUUCACAGAAGAGUGCAAUUUCUACAACAGCAUCAACAGCAGCACGUCAUGCUUGAUAGAUGUUAAUUUAGCGCGACGGAACAUGAUCGGACUGAACCCCUACAACAUUUAUGCGCCUUGUGAACACAUCGUCUCGGAUCCUAAAAUAGCGUAUGUACACGACGUCCGGAAUCUGUACAUGCGGUAUGUCAGUCACCUAAACGAGGGACUGAAACUCGAAGACCGCACUGCGCCGGCUUGUAUCAGCGACGGACCUCUCACUGAAUACCUCAACAGGGAGGAUGUGAAAGCGGCCCUUCAUGUUGAGGACUCGCCUCUCAGAUGGGUCUUUUGCAGCAGUGACGUUUAUUUCAACUACGCAAGACAAUACAACACCAUGAGCGAAGUCGUGAAGAGGCUUGUGGACACAGGACGGUUGAGGGCGCUGAUCUACAAUGGCGAUUACGACUUGGUUUGUAGCUACCUUGGUGACCAGUGGUUUGUUGACUCGCUGGGGUACGAGGCUACGUCCGGUUAUAACCCGUGGCUAGUAGACGGACAAGUGGCUGGAUACUACAGAACCCACCAGGGGAACUUGACUUUUCUGACGGUUAAAGGUGCUGGUCAUAUGGUACCAGAGGACAAACCGCAAGAAGCCCUGCAGAUGAUCACACGCUUUCUGAAGAACGAGCCACUUUGAGCAUACCAAUGACCUGGUCUAGCCUGAACCUCUCCACACAAGAAAACCGACGGGAAUGCAACCCAUUACUUCAACAGCCGUAUAACUUCAGCCUGCUUUGUACGGGCACCGUCCACCCUUACCUACGAUCGUGUUCUCUGUGUGG